GCGCGAGUCAAGUGCGGAAUUUAGACGGGAGGAAAGGGAGUACGGGAAUGAGCACGCGAAGCCGAAUGGUCAAGUUGUACAAAGCGAAUUAUAGCUCUCUGUCGCAACGUUUGCGUCGUCAUUGUAUAGCCUCCGUACAGUAUUUUAAGAGGACAAAUCGCACCUGUUUGCACAGACCGUGCACCACACACAUUUUCUUCCUGUGAGACCAAUUCGCUCAAGUUUGCCUCGGCAAGGGGACGAGGCUUUUCAUCAUCAACAUUCGAGCGCAAUAAAUGGAUACUCAUUUCUCUAUUGACGAUUUGGAUAGGCUUACUGGAUGACCUCUGCUCUGUAGUCGGCAUUCUCGUUUUGUGGAGCUGAUUGGACUACCACGUCUCCAGUUGAUAAAGAUAACGGUGAUCGCUACACUGAGGGACGCCUAACCUAAAGAGUGAAGGAAAGUAGCGUACGGCACAACUUAGACCAUAAAAAGUCGUUUGGUUCGCACAGAAGUUAUAACGGGGUAAUUCAUGUUGAUCAACGGAGUACGAUGGGAGCAGCGACACGGGGAGUAGGAAUGGCCAUGGCGCUUUGGGACGGUGCCAAUGGAUUGGGAUUCCUGGUGAUUUUUCUUGUGGAUUUCCUUGGAACUGCGGCGAGUAACCUGGAACCCAUAUACUGGAAUUCUCUGAACAAAAGAUUUGGAGAUGAGAGGGGUUACGUGCUCUAUCCCCAGAUUGGCGACCGCUUGGACCUCAUCUGCCCAGCGUCGAACCCGGCCGGUCCACGGGCCACGUCCGAGUACGAGUACUACAAGCUGUACCUGGUGGCGACCCGCGAGCAGGCCGACCGCUGCGAGGUGAUGGGCCCGCCCAACCUGCUGCUCACCUGCGACAAGCCCAACAGCGAUAUGCGCUUCACCAUCAAGUUCCAGGAGUUCUCGCCCAACCUGUGGGGCCACGAGUUCAAGAGCCUUCAGGACUACUUCAUCAUCUCCACUUCGGAUGGUUCGAGACAGGGUCUGGACAGCAUGCGCGGGGGCGUGUGUGUGACCAGAGGGAUGAAGGUGGUACUGAAAGUAGGCCAGACUCCGUACGGCCUCCCGCCGAAACCUAAAUCAGACCCAGCUCGGCCUAAGAACACAGAUACUGGGGAGAAGGACACCACGGCGUUGAAGGGGACGGAUGGCGACGGCGACAAAGGCGCGAGCGGCAGCGGCAGCUCCAUGGCGGCCACCAACAUCGCUCUGAUUGCCGGGGGCGUGGGCGGCGGCGCCUUCCUCCUGCUGGUGACGGCCGUCAUCGCCGUGGUGUGCUACCGGCGGCAGCAGGCCAAGCACUCGGAGACGCACCACCCGGCGCUGUCGCUCUCGCUCACGCUGGCGGGGAGCACCAGCGCCGGGCCAUGCGCCCGGGGCGGCGCUGGCUCGGCGGGCAACAACAACGGCUCGGAGCCCAGCGACAUCAUCAUCCCGCUGAGGACUUCCCGGCUUCGGCGCAUUGCCCGCACUCUUGAGGUGAGCGGGACUACGGCACCGGUCUACAUCGUGCAGGAGAUGCCCCCCCAGAGCCCCGCCAACAUCUACUACAAAGUAUGAGGAGCGAGGCGCUGCCCCCCAGACAAACAAACAAGCAAACAAGUUCAUAUGAAAGACAGAGACUUUGCCGUGCUACGCUACUGUGGUCUCGUUCUGAGACCCCUUCCCCUGCCCCUCCCUCAACCUUCCACUCCUCGCCUGGCCUCUCUCUCUCUCUCUCUGACACACACACACACACAGCCCUAACUCCGAGACUCAUGAACUUGUAGCUUCCCAAACCUAAUCUCUCUCACGGCGCCCUGGUGCUCCCCAUGCCACUCCAGCCUCCUAUGAAGACCCUGAUGCCAACGUGGUGCUGCCCACCCUCGCAUGCCCACAGAGGGCACAGUGCCAGUGGAAACAGUGGGCACCAACAGCGUGAGGACUGCCAGAGCGGGUUGUUGGGCAUCUUGGUUUCUUAUCUUGCUCUUUUCACUCCUUCUGGAGUAGACCAGUUUAGACACGUUUAGGUCUCCUGCUGGUUACACAAGGUGUUUUAUGAAACAUUGUAGGGCUGCAGUGAAUCAGAUUUUAAAAGUGUUUUAGAACAAACAAAAAAAAUGUUGGUGUGUGUGGGUGUAUGUGUGUGGCUGUUUAUGUGUGAGUUUGUACCCGUGUGCUUGUGUGUCUGUGUUUUUUUCUGAAAAGGGUGUUUGUUGGAUGUGUGUGUGUGUGUGUGUGUGUGUGUGGGUGUGUGGUUUUGUUGUAAAUGAGGAAGAAAAAAAUGAACCAAACCACAAAAACAAGCUUUAGUCGAAAGCAAGAUUACAUUUCCUCUUUCAGAUCACUGUCAGCAUUUAUAGAUUAUAUAUAUACAGUAUAAUAUAAUUACCUUGUAAAGCUUCUAACUUCUUCCAUCAUGUUGUUUGUUGAUUUAUUUGUUUAUUUUAACUCAGUUGUCAAUGAUGUGUUUGUUGUGUUGUUGCUCUACUUGUUUUGAGAACUAGAGGCCCAUCCGUAACUCCCCCUUGGUGCUGUUAUUUAUUUCUGUCGUUUUGUUUGUAAAAAAAAAUGAAGGCUUUGUCCUCUAUUUGUCUGGCUUCAUCACUACCACUUCUACUUCAGGAUGCCUUCCCUUUGGAUUCUUGUUUCGCCGAGAAAAGAAAAAAAGAAAAUAAAUAAAUAGAAUGGAGUCGCAGGAGACUUGAACAGAGGAUGGGUCAAACAAAAGUACAAAAAAAGAUGACUUGCAGGAGGAAUCAGAAGCAAACCGUGUGCUUGAUUACAGUGGAGAGCGGAGAAGUUCUGGGUGUCAGAGGUUGCCGUGAAAAAAAAAAAAAUGCCACUGGUGAGCAACACACACACACACACACUCACUCAACCACAGGAGUCCAUACAUCCAAAUCAUUUAUUGAUUUUUCUCACUGGAACUUUUGGACUUGGUCUGUUUUUGAAAAUAAAACCACAAAUCCUAGCACAAGCACAAAAGAAACAGCACUAUGCCACUGUCAUUUCCUGUCGGAAGACUGUUUUGGGGCCCUCUUAAGUGAGGGCCAUGGUUCAUAUCCAUAUGCAUACUCUGUGGACAUUUUUGUUUGUUUGUUUUUUUUUUUUUUUAAAAAGAGAGACUCUGUGUUGGCUUAGUGUUCCGCUGGAUGAAGGGUAAGAGACGGUGACAAGCAUUUGAAGAGAACAUCUUUCACCAACUAAAAUCUUUCUUACCCCCCCCCCCCCCCCCCCCCCCACACUUAAUAAACAAGAAAAGAGAAAUGAAAAGCAAACAACAAAUGACUAAAAAUACGACUCUCGGGAGGAACAUUCUCCAUUGCUCCAUGUCAUACCGGUCAAGUCUGCUCCGCUGCACAGGGGAAUACCAGCCGCUCUGAACAACAAGCGUUUCACUCCACAAACAUCUUCUCAUCAUGCCAGACAUCUCCUCGUCCUCGCAGGUCACGACAUCUCACAGUCACUUAGUGUUGCGUUGACAGCGGAUGUCAGCACAAGGCGGACAUGGCGCAUGCGUGUGAAUGUGUGUGUGUGUGUGUGUGUGUGUGUGGGGACUCACAGCUCAGUGUACUCAGCGUUUCUCUACCUCUGUGACCAUGCAGAGAGGCAACACACAACUCAGCCUUUCACGAAAUAACUAAUAAUCCUAAAGAGUAACAAUAUGUUUGUAUUUUUUAAAAAAGAUCACCGCAAGCAUACUGGACACUGCAGUUCAAAACCCCUAGUACUGUAGAAGGAACCAGAAGGCUAUUACAUUGACACUUUGUAUUGUAUUGUAAAUUGUUCUUUUUCUUCAUGGUAUAUAUUUUUUUUCAUGAGGAUGUUUUUUCUUGCUCUCUCUCUGUCCAUCACCUGAUAACUCUCUCCACUCACUUUUGUGCCAAGAGCUGUGUUUUCAAUGGAGACGGAGGGGCCCUUAUCCAUGUAUUUUAUUUUAUUAUAAUUAUUAUUAUUAUUACUACUAUAAUUUUCCUACUGGUGUUAGGCAAGCAGGAUGCGGGUCAGACACGGCUCUAAGUCGAGGAGACCGCAGAAAGAGACCUAACGCAGUCGUGACGGGACGGACUUCCCAGAGACGGACCUUGAUGAGCUGAGACUGGCAUUGGCACUGCGGACUGGCUUCAGCAGACAGAGUGCCAGAGAGCCAGAGUCGAGGCUGGGGGGGGGGGCGAGACUGUUCAGUGCAGAGGGACGAGAUAGGACGGCUAGCGGGUUUUAGCAUGUACAUGUGACUUCAGGAGGACCUUUAGGGUGGGUUGGAUGGGGGGGUUAUUUGAUAAAGUUAAAUAUGCACUACAUAACAAAACUGAUACUACUGUUAGAAAGCACUUAAGUUUUAUUCGGUGACGGGGGAGGGGUUCUUAUGCCUGUCUUGGGCCUUUGUGGCCUCGGGUUUGCCAUCAUGCCAAACAACAUCUUUGAUUCCAGACGCCACUUCCAGUAUCAGUCAUUUGAAGGCUGUAAUCAGCUGAUAAUUUGACUGGAGUCUGGAGCGCACUGAGCUGCAGAGUUGGUUGGGAGUUUUUCUCACAGAGCCAGAUGAGGGAGGGAAAUGGCGACUGCACGUAGGUGGGGACGAUUACAGCAUUACCCGCUCUCGAGGUUUCCAAACCAGUCUGAAAGCCCGGUGAAGGCGAGGCUUAAAAGGAGGAUUGGGAAUCUUUUAGCCGAAAGUACAGAGACGUGCAGAAGUUAGGGGGUGGGUGUUAGACGACUAGUCUGUUGGCCGAACUCUCUUAGUCGUUUCUAAAGCUCUUUCUUAUCAGCAAUUUCAGACUGAAGUAUGGCCAUUUAAAUUACGUUUGGCUAGACUAAGUUCGGAAAUUCCUCACACGAGACUCCUCAUCUGUCUCUUGGCAGGAGUUUGGGGUCGUGGUAGUGAGGGGUCAGGCAGGUCAAGAGGACAAAUGGACUGUGGGUAUAUGGGUAUGUGGGGUUCAUGUGGGCUUGUGUGGUGGGGCGUCUGGCCUAGAUAGACAGCUCCGUCGCUCUCCUCUAAUAGCUGGACAUAUAGUUGACAUAGAGGAGGCUCCUGUAGACUGGACGUUGAUUCGACGGCUUAAUUGUACAGGCUGCCAGGGUAGACUUCUGCACGACUUAAGGCCAAGUGCCGGACGCAGGGGGACCAUGGAGAGAGAGAGUGUGCGUGUGAGUGUGUGUUAACGGAGAGCGAAGGUUUGGGUCCGACGCGUUAUCAGUGGGUCGUGUUACCUCCUGGGCUCCUCCCCUCUUCUCUGUCCCAUCCCAGAAUCACCCCCCACCCCACCCCC